AUAUUUGCAGCUUGUCUCUCUCUUUCUUUCUCUUGACUUGCUUCAAAAAUCGACUUGGGAUUUGCUUUUCUAAAUCUUUUGCUUAAGAAUUUUUAUUUGCUUAUCUAUUUUUUUUCUAGAAAGAACUGGUUUUUAGCCUGUGUGGCUGAGGUCGAAGUGACCCCACCUGGGAAUUUAGGAAACAUAGCAAAAGAAAUCAAUGUAAAUAUCUUUGUCUCUUCUUUUGUUGGAUUUUCUGUACAGGAAGGAGGUGUUGUUGAGCUGGUCGUCUAUCCUUAUUUGGGUCUCUGUUUUUCUUUUUUGGUAUGCCAGCUUUUUGGCAUUCAAUUUAACUGCCAAAUUGAGCUUCAGAUUUGCUUACUUUCAGCUCUCCUUUUUACUGUAUACCCAUUUAAUGUUUUUUUCUUUUUCAACUUAUUCUUGCUUUUAAUUUUCUGUUCAAUUUCGGGUUACUAUUAAAUCUUGAUUUUGAUUCCUAGUUUUCUGUUCUUUUUCUACAGUUUAUCAAUUCUUUCUUGGUUUUGAAGGAUGGAUUUCAAGUGAAUACUAGAAUUUAAGACACGGGUCAUUUCCGUUUUAGGAUUUUCUUUAGGAUUUGUACCUAAAUUUUGUAGCCUUUGAUUUUGAGAGAGAAUUUUGGUUAAAGCUUGGAAAUUCACUCAGAAUCUAAUUACUAUGGAAAUGACUUCAAGGACGGAAAUUAAUGAUCACAGUGACGACAACAGAGGCAGUAUGUGGGAUUUGGAUCAGAAGCUUGAUCAGCCAAUGGAUGAAGAAGCUGGAAGGCUUAGAAAUAUGUACAGAGAAAAGAAAUUCUCGCUGCUUUUGCUUCUUCGGCUUGCAUUCCAGAGUCUUGGAGUGGUCUAUGGAGAUUUGGGCACUUCUCCGUUGUACGUGUUCUACAAUACAUUUCCUCGUGGAAUCAAAGAUCCGGAGGAUGUAAUUGGAGCUCUUUCAUUGAUUAUAUAUUCUCUUACUCUUAUCCCGCUCCUCAAGUAUGUAUUCAUUGUGUGCAAAGCAAAUGAUAAUGGACAAGGUGGUACAUUUGCUCUUUAUUCUUUGCUUUGUCGGCAUGCAAACGUAAAAACUAUUCCAAAUCAACACAGAACAGAUGAGGACCUAACAACAUAUAGUCGUUCUACUUUCCACGAAAAGUCAUUUGCUGCCAAAACUAAGCAAUGGUUGGAGAGACAAUAUUCUAGAAAGAAUGCACUUCUUAUUCUUGUCCUUGUUGGCACUUGUAUGGUGAUUGGGGAUGGGAUUCUCACUCCAGCUAUAUCUGUCCUUUCAGCUGCUGGUGGGAUUAAGGUAGAUCACCCCAAUAUCAGCAGUGAUGUAGUCAUAGUUGUUGCUGUUGUAAUAUUAGUAGGUUUAUUUUGCAUGCAACAUUAUGGAACGGAUAAAGUUGGGUGGCUUUUUGCUCCAAUUGUGCUGCUUUGGUUUCUCUUAAUUGGGGGUAUUGGCAUAUUCAACAUCUGGAAGCAUGACACCAGUGUUCUGAAAGCUUUUUCACCUGUAUAUAUUUAUCGGUAUUUAAGAAGGGGAGGUAAAGACCGUUGGACCUCCCUUGGAGGUGUUAUGCUUAGUAUAACAGGUACAGAAGCUCUUUUUGCUGAUUUAUCCCAUUUUCCAGUUUCAGCUGUACAGAUUGCUUUUACAGUCAUUGUAUUUCCAUGUCUUCUUUUGGCAUAUUCUGGACAGGCCGCUUAUCUUAUGCAAAACAGAGAUCAUGUGGCUGAAGCAUUUUAUCGUUCUAUACCAGAUGGCAUAUAUUGGCCAAUGUUUAUUGUCGCAACUGCAGCUGCUAUAGUUGCUAGUCAGGCUACAAUAUCUGCAACAUUUUCAAUAAUAAAGCAGGCUCUUGCGCAUGGUUGUUUCCCAAGAGUCAAAGUUGUACAUACAUCAAAGAAGUUCCUUGGUCAGAUAUAUGUUCCUGAUAUAAAUUGGAUCCUUAUGAUUCUUUGCAUUUGUGUAACUGCUGGGUUCAAGAACCAAAGCCAAAUUGGAAAUGCCUAUGGUACAGCUGUGGUGGUUGUCAUGCUGGUGACCACAUUGCUCAUGUCUCUAAUCAUGAUACUAGUGUGGCGCUGCCAUUGGAUUAUUGUCCUGCUUUUCACAGGCUUAUCACUGGUUGUGGAAUGCACUUACUUUUCUGCUGUACUCUUCAAGGUUGAUCAAGGUGGCUGGGUUCCCCUUGUAAUUGCUGCAGCCUUUCUUAUAAUCAUGUACGUUUGGCAUUAUGGUACAGUGAAACGGUAUGAGUUUGAGAUGCAUAGUAAGGUUUCGAUGGCAUGGAUUAUGGGUCUUGGCCCCAGUUUAGGGUUGGUGCGAGUUCCUGGAAUUGGACUUGUGUACACGGAGUUAGCAAGUGGAGUUCCUCACAUCUUUUCUCAUUUCAUCACGAAUCUACCUGCUAUCCAUUCAGUUGUGGUUUUUGUCUGUGUGAAAUAUCUUCCUGUCUACACAGUUCCUGAAGAAGAGAGAUUCCUGGUCAAGCGGAUCGGACCAAAGAAUUUCCACAUGUUUCGUUGCGUUGCAAGGUAUGGCUACAAAGACCUACACAAGAAAGACGAGGACUUUGAGAAAAAACUCUUUGAUAAUCUCUUCUUGUUUGUUCGGCUCGAGUCUAUGAUGGAAGGUUGUUCGGACUCCGACGAGUAUAGUUUAUACGGUCAGCAAACUGUGCAAUAUAGUAAUAAUGGAAAUACUUCUUGUUCUGCGGUAGAUUCCAUAAUUUCAUCUGUCGACUCGAUCAUGCCUGUACAGGGAAAUUUGCUGACAACCUCAUCUGGUCAAACAAGCAAUCAAAUGGAGAUUGGUGAGUUAGAAUUUUUGAAUAACUGCAGGGAUGCUGGAGUGGUGCAUAUACUAGGGAAUACAGUGGUGAGGGCAAGAAGAGACUCAAGGUUCUACAAGAAAAUAGCUGUUGAUUACAUUUAUGCAUUUCUUAGGAAGAUAUGUAGAGAGAAUAGUGUCAUUUUUAAUGUUCCUCAUGAGAGUCUAUUGAAUGUAGGACAAAUAUUCUAUGUAUAAAUUUUUUGGCUCUUAUGGUUAAUAUGGUUUACUUAUAUAUAAAUUUAUUUCAUUUGCAAA